AUGACAAUCAUAAAAUUUGUUUUGUUCUCCGUUGUCUUGAAAAUUGUUGAAUGUGGAAGUUUUAUCGAAGCGAGUGGAAAAAAUUGUCGAGAUCACAAUAUUUUCUUCUAUUGGCGUGAAAUUGAACAAAAUGUUUGCGGCUCGAAUUUCCAGGUGCGUCUAAAAUACCGUACUCACUUCGAAUCGAAGUCUUCGAUGAAAUAUUUUUGAUUUCCAGAGUUGGUUUCUGGCGCUGAUCAUCAUGUUUAUGUCAUAUAUUUGUGUUCUGUUCACAUUUACAUUGCGAAAUUUCAUCGAAGGAAUCGACAGAAGAAAAACAUGCAAAACUUGUUCUUAA